GACAAACAUCCACCACCACAGUCAAGCCCAGUUUUGCUCAACAGACCCCACUACAAAACCACCAAGAUGCAACUCAAAUCUAUCCUAGCCACCGCCAUCACCCUGUGUGCCUCUGGUGCCCUGGCUACAAUUGAUAUCGCCUACACCGUUAACGGAGACUACUACACCCAAACGGUGCAAACUGAGAGCCUCACUCCACUGGAUCAGCCAGGAAACAUAACCACCUGGCAAGGCACCGCAGACUGCCUCCUUUAUGAAUUCCCUAGUGCCCAGACUCAUUAUGUUUCGGCGGGUACACACACCCUUGAUCCUGCUGUUUAUGCGGAUGAUGUUUUGUGCUUGUGAGCUGCCAGGUUGAUAUGGUAUGGUAUGAUUCUUAGUUGUUAGUUCAUGGGGGGUGGGGUGAUAUGAUGUGUGGUUCAAGCGAAAUAGUUACUCUAUCUUCGAGGUGUGGUCGGGGGGGGAGUUGAAAGUAUACAUAGG